AUGGCAUCCCCCAAGGUGGGAUAUGGGUUACCGGCCAGGCCCUCCGAUGGCUUUCGACGACGACCCGAAGACUCCAGGUUGUUGAGUGGCAUUCCAAAGUCUACCUCCCGGACGAGCGAAAGAGAGGCGGAAGCCCCGAAAUUGGUAAAGCAAGAGCCAUUACAACCCCGUGUUGCCAGCCGAGUCCCUCUCCCAUCGUCAACACGCCGCCCUUCUGCCUCUACUACACAGCAAGUUGCUUCCAAGGUCGUCCCAGACCGGCAUUCGAAAUCAUGGGGCUCGGCAACGAGCUCCUCUGGCUAUUCACGAUCCCAUACGCAAACAGAGUCAGGAUCUUCAUCUUCCAGUCGGUCUUUCGACGGUGGUUCGAGAUUGGGUCAAAGCUUGCCGAGACGGACGAAGCCCUCUGCAUCGCCCGAGGCAGGCAGCCUGCUCAAUGGCGCUGCCAAUCCGGGUUCGAGCUCAUCCAGGCGCCAAUCGCAACCAAAUGUGGCUUCGGCACUCGGGAUCCAACUUGAUCGGGGUAUCACGGCUAGCCCAAGCACAGUCCAGAGAGAGGAGCCGCCAGAGGUCUCAAAGCCCGUUGGCCAGUCCCCCGUGAUUUACCCCGAGUUAGAUCGCUACCGCCAUCAUGACCGAGCUCGCAGUGCUUCGAAUAGACCGGCUGUGGACAUGCCCUACCGCUUGGCUACUCAUGACCUCCCUCCGCCCACGCCUGGCAGCCUGCUCUUCUCAGCCAACAGCAGCCAAGUCAGCGCCAUCAGUGGCAGUCCCUCAACCAGGUUCUCUGCGUCCCCGGGCCCGGGGCCGUAUAGCCGAGACACCACGCCAACUUCGAUAUCGUCACAGUCUCCUGGUCUCAUUGCUCCCAGUAGAGGCUUCCCUGUGAACAAGUUUCGACAGCAUAGUCCCGCUUUCACUCGCCCGCCUGUUACUCGACGAAGGACUGGAAGCAUAUCAAACGAGGUGGACUCUAUCAGUGUCGAUCCCCAUGGCUUGGCUGCGGUUCGAGAGUCUCUGACUUCGUCCUCAUCAAGCUCUACUGUCAAGGGUAGUGUCAUGAACUCAAAGAAGGAGAGGAGAGGUGGCAAGAGCCUCGCAGCGCCGCCGCCAAGCCCCCCUCCGCGGAAGUCUUCGCAGAAACUGUUCGCCAGUGAAGACGAGGAUGAACUUUCUCCCAGACAAGGACGCCAGCCUGGUAGCCAGCCCAUGGCGGUUGCAUCCCCGCCGAGGGCUGGUCUUCCUUUUCGCAGCUAUCAUUCACCAUCACCGCAGGCUAUGCCGCCGCGUCGACCCAGCCGAGAUGGCACGUCCGACCUCAAGUCCCAGCUGUUUACUCCCAUUCCAGUCAUCCAGAGCAGCCUGGCACUCCGAGCAGCCAAUCUGGAGAGGCGUGAUAGCGAGGCAACAAUCCCCCGCCCUUUCCAAACUGCAGGUCUCCAGUCCAACAAGAGCGCAUCAACAUCAAACUUACCCACGGCUGAACAGUCCGCCACAUCCUCCAAACUGGCGGGCCGAAGAAAGCUUAGCAUCUCUGGCCCUAUUCGAGCAAGCGGUACGCCAUCGCCGACUGUCAAGGCUUCUUCUGGCUCUCGGUUUCCCUUCUUUGGGCGCAAGAAGGCUGCCUCGGAGAGUACGCCCAACGAUAAGGAAAAGAAGGAGAAGCAGAAAGUAUCUCGCAAGGGCCCAGCAGCUGGGACAGGCCACGAAGGUUACGGGCGCCUUGGUGCUGUUCGACGACGAAGCGGAAUUGUCGCACCUCCGCAAGUCUCCAACGAGAGCCUUGUCAGUGGCGACUCCUUCCUGGCUGACCGUAUCAACCCUGUUGUUAUUGCUGGAGGAGCAAUCGUCGAGAACCGAAACGCCAGCGCAGAGCUUCUCAGGUCAGACAGCAACCUGAGCUUGACGACAGAUGAACGCCCGAGCAUUGAUUCUGUUGCAAACUCAGCCACAUCUUCUAUAGCAAGGGGUAUUCCAGGACCAGGUCUCUGGCCGUCAGCUAUUCCUCGCGAACGAAAUCAGAUGCCGAGCGCUCGAAGACCGUCGGACAGCUCCGACAAUGGAGGCGCGCCCAUGCAAUCUACCCUGGCGUAUAGACGAUCGGUUCAACGAUUGAAGUCGUUUCCCGAUGACCCUCUGCAGCUGCCACGGCCUAUCAAUACAAGCGGAGUGAUUACGUCCCCCCUGACCAGCUUUGAUACCAGCAUCCUGUCUGAUGAGUCUUCUUUGUUCAAUCUGCAGCAACUACCUUCCCAGGAUCUGAGCAACAACAAUCAUCCGGCGCCAAAGAAGCUCAAGAAGAAGCCUCGAUCUCCGAGAAAAUGGAACUUCUUCAGCAGAUCCAACAAUCAGUCCAAGCCGGACAAAGCAAGCGAGCCAGUAGCUGUUACUGUCCAGCCUGUGGAGAAGAAGCCUGUGGCCUUCUACGCCAUCAUGGACUCACCUGAGCAAGGGGCUGCCGAGCCCGACCUCAAGGAGAUUCUGCGCGAGGCCGAUGCCUACGCACGCUCACCUGCCAACGUCGAUGCCCCUGAGGUGCAGGCACAGGACGCUCCUGCAGUCAACACAUCACACUUGCAGCCUCAGUCAAACGUCCUACCAGAACCUCUGUCGCCAGUCCAAGACACUUAUCCUGUCAUGAUCGAGCCGUCCUUUUCUCACAUGGAGGCAACACCUCCUCCGGCAGUCACGCUGAGUUCUGGAAGGCCCAGCCGCUUGGCCCAGGUGGGAAGGAUACCUCAGGUGGUGAGCAACCGUCCGGCGAGGCCGUCUCCGCGUAGCUUCUCUCGGCCUUUCGUCGCGAAUCAGCAGCUUUCUUUGCAUAUACCUCCAACACACGGCGUAGGCUUGAACCUACGGAUGCCGAACUUUUCGAAGCCGUCUACUCCGGUCCGCGAUGCAUUCGGUGGUGACGGCUCAACAACAGAUGCGGGCACCGAAUUCUCAUUCUUCAGUGAGCCAAGAUCUCAUAUUACCCCAGAGAAAGCAACCGCACAAGAGUUCCUUGCCUUUUCUCCCCGCAAGAACUCUGACUGUACCACCAGCUCGACCGAGUCCUGUGUCUCAUACAGCUAUGCAGAGGCGACGGCCAUCAUUCCCAGGCCUGACGACCCGCCUGUGGACGAUGAGGUUUGGGACGAAUAUAACGAUCUCCUCGGAGAAGAGACUGUGAAAGAACGACAGUCGGCUACCUCUUCGCGGGGUAUUCCGUUUCAUCUCGAAAACUACCAUCUGAAGCUCGCAAAGGAGAAGGCUCUUGAGUCUCCCACGCUUGUCACUGAUGGUCGUAAGCUGUCGGCCAUCUCGGAUGCACCGACGGCUUCCACGACCUUUAGUGCCGACAUGACGGAGAGGAUACGAAAGGCCUUUCAGCCUCACCCCAGCCCUACAGUGCCGUCUCCUGUGCCGGAGGUCGCAGAACAGACGAUUGGCGGGCACUCAAGGAAGCCCAGCGCCGCUGAAAGCAUGCGCCAUAGCAUCACGUCUGUCCGCAAGUCUACGCAAUCGGGCUCGUCCACGUCUUCCGGCGAGUGGACGCCCCUGGCUCAGGUGAACCUCCGGGUUGGUUCCAUGACCGUCUCGAAGUGGCUUUCAUUUGGUCAGGUCCUCUUCAGCGACAUUCGGCAUUUGCUGGUCAAGGGCAUAGAGUCCCCCGAGCGCCCGUCAGUUCUUGUCAUUGACGGGCUUGGUAAUGACGAUUGGUCUUUUUAUGCCGCGGAAACAUACUCAACCGCCGAUUUCUUCAACCUUUCUCCGCGGGCUCCCCUGCCCACCGACGUGCAGAGCUCGGCAUCUCGCUACCCCCUGAGUCCGCCGAAUCACCAUCAGGUGCAAUAUCUUUCCCAACUGGACGAGUUCCCCUUUCCUACACAUACCUUUAACUGUGUUGUCUACCGAUUCCCGGCUGCUGCCCCGGAGUCGCACUAUCAGAAUGUCCUUUUCGAAGCUCGUCGUGUGCUCAAGCCAGGUGGAUAUCUUGAACUAUCUAUCCUCGACGUCGACUUGAACAAUAUGGGCAAUCGCGGGCGUCGGACCAUUCGCCAACUCAAGGAACGCAUUCAUGAGAUCUCUCCAGAGACCAACUUGGCCUCUACUGCUGACCUGAUUGUUCGACUCCUUGGCAAGAGUGGCUUUUCGACAAUAAAGGCUGCCCGCGUUGGGGUUCCGGUUGCAAGCGCUAUCACUUCCUCUGAUGACAACUCGCAAAGCAACGGCUCGGCUGAGAACAAGAAAAAGAGGUCGUCCAAGAACCAACCCAGCUUGGCGGAAAUGAUGCGAGACCACAGUCCCAACGCGGAUGAAGGCAUCACCAACAUGGUCUCUCGAGUUGGUCGCUGGUGGUAUUCUCGAUGCUACGAGAGUGCAGCCGGUCAUUCUUCUGGGAAGAAGAGCAUCUGGAACGACAAAGCUUUGCUUAGAGAAUGCGAGGAGCUGGGCACUAGCCUCAAGCUCAUGGUUUGCUGUGCUCGCGCACCCGAGGGGAUCAAUAACUCGGUCUAA